CACAAACUUCAGAGAGCGCGUGUGGAAUAUGUGACGCUGAUCUGCGUUUUUACGGAUAUGUGUUGUGUUGUGUUGUGGAAAUAAAUCACAGACUGACAGACGAAUGCAGUGAAGGGAGAGAGAGAAUAAUCCAGAUAAUCUCUGUCGGUCAAACCCCUGGUGACGCAGCGGGAUUAUACUCAUGUGGUUUUGUGAGGGGUCUGUGGUGGUCUCAGUGUACAAACACAAGAUCUCAACUCAGAUGAACAUCACACACACAGGACAAAAGGAUCAUCUUAACUCAUAUGUAUCUGACAGAACAUCACAUCCCUAAAGCGACAGCGUUCAAUGUGUGAAAGACAUUUAGUGGAAAUAUGAUUUGAAGACAACAUUUAAAAAGAUCUCUGAGUAAACCAGCUUAAAUUGUGGGCUAUUGUGUAAGAGAUGUGUCUGUGUCUUCUGUCAGUCAGAGUUUAGUGAAAAGGUGUUUUAACUCCAGUGAAUCCCAUUAGACGUCUUUAACAGGUUAUUUAUAAACGUUCAGGACGAGCAGCUCACUGACUGAACACACACAGUCUCUAGAUCAGUUGUCUUUUAACAGAUGUGUGAUGGACAGAGUUUAUAAAGAGCACUACCGGUGGUGGACAUUUGACGGGGGUCAAACUGGGAACUACAAAUGAUUUCCUAAACAAAUGACUUUAAAUUCUGUGAUUUGUUUAAUUAAAUUUCAUCAGAUAUUUCCUGCCUAGGUCACAUAACUCAACAGUUUUUCAAACAGAUCUUUCUCCAUUGAUAUUUCUGGUCAGUGAGCGUAAUUGAAGAUUAUUGUAUCAGUAUGAGUUUGGGGAAACAGCCGGUGAUUAAAGGACUGGUGUCCUCGUCUCAGAGCAAACGGCGUUUUAAAAGCGAUCUGUCCGUGGACAUGAUCAGUCCGCCCCUCGGGGACUUCCGGCACACAAUGCACAUCGGCCGCGGUGGAGAUGUUUUUGGCGACACCUCAUUUCUCAGCAGCUACGGAGGUCCAGCUCAUGAUGAAGAACCAGAUUCACCCUCUGGAUCGAGACCCACGAGAUUUCUGACGCGCACACUACGACACGUACGGAAGAAUCCUCCGGCCCGGCUGAGAGGAGGGUCACGUGACCUCUCCUCACCGCCCCCCUCCGUCUCUCCCAUCAUUAAAAACGCCAUCUCACUGCCUCAGCUGAACCUGGACGCUUCCAACGGGGGGAUGAAGAGGACACUCCUGUCCACCUCCAUCAGCUCACCGGCCGACUCGCUCUUCUCUUACAGUCUUCUGGACUCUGGAUUUGUCACACUGCCUCGUUUCUCUCGGAUGGAUCAGAACUUCAGAGAAGCGUCAGGAAGUUUGUGUUCAGACUACAGAAGGAGUUCACUGCCUGAGAACAGCGACAUGACACUGACACGAUCUGAUUCUCUCACCUCCUUCACCGUAGACCUCGGGCCCUCCCUCAUGACUGAGGUUCUGGGUUUGAUUGACAGCUCAAGAGGUCUCUUCAGCAGCAGUAAGGACUGGGAUAUGGAGGAGAGUUCAUCCGUCUCUCCACAGGAUGAUGAUGAUGAUGAAGAUGAAGAACAGAUGAACAUGUGUCCGGUCAGACAGGAGGUCAGGAUUGAACCUCAGAGGUUUCAGGAGGCUGCAGACGUGCUGGCGCAUCACUUUGGAGGAGAUGGAGGAUUGAUAGAAGAGGAGCGUCACAGAUCUUCAUCUUUCAGACACAAGAGAGCGCUGUACACCUUCACUGAAACAGAGGAAGAGAUCAACCUAUGAGAUGCAUAUGAUCUCUGAUUCCAGACAGAAGUACUGCUCAUUUCAUAUACAGGGACAUUUAUUUACAUCUGCUGACAGAAGACUAUACUAACUACUUUGAAAUUGUUUAGAUUUAUUAACAUUUCUGUUCCAUACAUCAGUGUGUUAUAUAGAGAAGCAGUAUUAUGAUGAUUUAUGGAGUAAGUGAUGAUGACACCAUUUUACAGGAGAAGAAAGUGUCUUAUGUGUUCUUUUCUACCACGUCUGGAUCUGUCUUUAUGGCUGAAGAAUCUGACAUGUUCAACGGUUUGUUUAUGUCUCAGUCUCUGUUUAUUCUGUACUGACAGACUUUAGACAGCUUGUGGCUUUGAUAUUUUCAUGUAAUGAAAUGGAUUUCCAAGAAAUGCAUCAAACGUGAAUGUUUUAAAUCAUAUGGAAGGUUC